CUAUUCCUAACAUUUUUCUUCAUAAUAUACCAUUUGUUUGAAUAAAAAUUGUAUCUUUAAUCACUUUCGAUAAUACCCAGAUGCCAAAAUUAUUAAAUUUGUUGUUUUUUCUCCUAUUUAUGUGUUUACUUUUUCUGGGUCUGGCCUAUAAUUGAUCCUAGAUUUAGAGUCGAUGGCUCAGAACCCUUACUUUCUAUUUAUGUAUAUAUGUGUGUGUAUCUAUUAAAUUGUUUGUAUGUAUGUAUAUAUAUAUGGUUUGAGCUAAAAGCAGUGUGAUUUGAAGGGCUAGAUCCACAUGUUGUGUUGCCUUUUCUUGACCAAUUUGUGAUCUAUGAGUGACUUGAUGUUGAGUGAGGAUGAGUGGAUCCGAGGUAGUAGGUACCCGGUGGAUUAUUCUAGGUGCAAGCGAGAUGACCCGGACACCAGAAUAGUCAAGGUGCAAGUGAGAUGACCCGGACACCAGAAUAGUCAAGGUGCAAGCGAGAUGACCCGGACACCAGAAUAGUCAAGGUGCAAGCGAGAUGACCCGGACACCAGAAUAGUCAAGGUGCAAGCGAGAUGACCCGGACACCAGAAUAGUCAAGGUGCAAGCGAGAUGACCCGGACACCAGAAUAGUCAAGGUGCAAGCGAGAUGACCCGGACACCACAGUAAAAAAGGUUGCAUCACCACUAAGGAGCUUGGGACAGUGAUGCGGUCGUUGGGACAAAAUCCAACUGAGGCUGAGCUUCAAGACAUGAUCAAUGAAGUAGAUGCUGAUGGAAAUGGAACCAUUGAUUUCCCGGAGUUCCUUAACCUGAUGGCUCGCAAGAUGAAAGACACUGAUUCUGAGGAGGAGCUCAAGGAAGCUUUCAGAGUGUUCGACAAGGAUCAGAACGGAUUUAUUUCUGCAGCCGAGCUGCGCCAUGUCAUGACAAACCUAGGCGAGAAGCUUACUGAUGAAGAAGUUGAUGAGAUGAUUCGUGAAGCUGAUGUGGAUGGUGAUGGCCAGAUCAACUAUGAGGAGUUCGUCAAAGUCAUGAUGGCCAAGUGAGAACUCUGAUCAACUCGACUUAAUUCUUAGAAGUAAAAAAUUACAAAAAAAAGCUGGAAACGGAGCAGAUAAAUUGGAUGAGAUUUCUAUAUUUGGUUAGGAUACGUUCUUUGACGUUGUUAGAUUUGUUUGGGUGCUUGCCUGUUUUCGUACUCGCAUUGUUUUGUAGUGCUACUCUUCAGUAUAUGCUUGUCUGCUCUGUUUGUCAGCAAGUCUUAGUUUUUUCUUCUUAAAUUCCAGCAUUUUGAACUUAUGACAAUUGGAGAUUUUAUGUGUUUCAUUCUGAGUGGCUAAUUUUGUUGAUAUUCCAGAUUCUUGGGUAUGUUUGCUCUUUA